AUGCCGCUCAAUUCAAAGGCCGUAUAUUCCAGGCAGAACCCGGACUUUGCUCCGUUCUCCAGCCGGAGAAGUACAGUGCAUAGCACAAAAGGCAUCGUCACAUGUACCCAGCCCCUCGCGGCAGCCGCAGGACAGAAGAUUCUAAGUGAAGGUGGAAAUGCUGCAGAUGCGGCGAUAGCAGUUGCUGCGGCACUGAACGUCACCGAGCCCUCGUCCACCGGAAUUGGCGGAGACAUGUUCUGCCUCUUCUACGACGCGGCGACCAAGAAGAUUCAUUCCCUCAAUGGCUCGGGCCGGUACCCCGGCAGCGCAACGCUCGAGAAAAUCAAAGCAGACCUGAAUGCGACGCCGGACGAGGCGGGUGGAAUCCCGCUGCACAGCCCUCUCGCUGUUACAGUCCCCGGCGCAGCAGCAGGAUGGGUUGACACCGUUGAGAAAUUCGGUAGCGGCAAGCUUUCCCUUCAGCAGGUCCUUCGACCGGCCAUUGAGCUUGCAGAGGAUGGAUUCGCCGUCUCUGAGCUGGCAUCUUACUUUUGGCACGAAAGCGAGAAACUCCUCCGCGAAGCCUCCCCAAACUCCCACGAGAUGCUCAAAGCAGACCCCAAGGCGCAAGACGGCUUCCGUAGCCCCCUCGCCGGAGAGAUCCUCAAGAAUCCGACAAUGGCGCAAACCUUCCGGUCCCUCGCAGCGGAAGGCAAGAAAGGGUUCUACGAGGGCCGCGUUGCGCAGGAGAUUGUCAACGUCAUCCAAUCCCUCGGCGGCUACAUGACGCUCGAGGACCUCAAAGCGCACGCCGAGACCGGCACCCAAGAGACUGAAGCCAUUUCGCUCAAGUUCAACGGCCAGAAUAUCGCCGAUAAGCAAACAGCUGGCACAGAUGACGAAACCAACCAAGGCGUCGAGAUCUGGGAACACCCCCCCAACGGACAAGGCAUCGUGGCCCUCAUGGCCCUAGGCAUCCUACAAGAACUCGAGAAAAGCGGCAAGAUUCCCGCCUUCAAGGAAGAGCAGCACAACAGCGCCGAGUACCUCCACGCCAUCAUCGAGUCCCUCCGCAUCGCCUUCGCAGACGCCUCCUGGUUCGUCACAGACCCCGACACCACCCCCGUACCCACCAAAGAACUUCUUUCCCCAGCAUACCUCGCCUCACGCGCCAAACUCUUCAACCCCAACGCCGCAACCGACAUCCUCGACCACGGCAGCCCAGCCCAUAACCACUGCGACACCGUGUACUUCGCGGUAACCGAUUCCGCCGGCAACGGCAUCUCCUUCAUAAACUCCAACUACGCGGGCUUCGGCUCCGGAAUCAUCCCAAAGGGCUGCGGCUUCACACUGCAGAACCGCGGCGCCAAUUUCUCACUGAGCCCAAACCACCCCAACGUCCUCGCCCCCAACAAGAGACCCUACCACACCAUCAUUCCGGCAAUGAUCACCAACGUCUCCGACAACUCCCUGCACUCCGUGUACGGCGUGAUGGGCGGGUUCAUGCAGCCGCAGGGGCACGUGCAGGUGCUGCUGAAUAUGCUCGCCUUCGGAUACCACCCACAGGCGGCGCUCGAUGCCCCGCGCAUCUGCAUUGCGGCGGGGAACCCCGAGCUAGGGAAGAAGCUUGAUCGCACGGUUUACGUUGAGGAGGGGAUCAGCGAGGGGGCGGUGGCGGGCCUGCGGAAAUUGGGGCACAGCGUUAAGGUGCUGAGGGGGUGGGAACGGGGGAUGUUUGGGCGUGGCCAGAUUGUGCGGUGUCACUAUGAUGGGGGCAGAUUGGUGUACAGUGCAGGCAGCGAUUUGAGGGGUGAUGGGAUGGCCCUGCCGGUUGUUUGA